ACCGAAAAUCGACCUGGAAAGUCGGAAUCGGUCACGAUUUUGUAUGCGGGAACCUAAUCACGACUGGAACUCUCCUUAAAACUUGAAAAAUUCGGUGUGGGAAUAAGCAAAUCGUUUGCUGUGUAUGGUGUAAUCAGCAGUGGCCUCGGAUGAGUCGAAUCGAGAAUUUUCCUGUUUUGAAUUUUAUGUGGGGGUGAGUGUGGGCACGAUGGGGCGGGGGCAGAGCUCGCCCAUGGAGCUCGGCUAGAGGUCGUUUGCCGGCUACCCGCCGGCUGACCGGCUGCCCAAAAACCGCCGCCGCCGCAGCGGCCACUUAAGCCGGCCGGUCCCCCCUCUGCCGCCCCCCUCACCCCGGAGCCGCCCUCGGCGCCGCACGCCCAUGGAGCCGCCAGCGGCGGAUCACCGGGACCACAGAUGCCAUAGGCCUAGCGCCUUUUCAAAAAUGGAGGGGUUGGUUAGAGAAAUGCAGGAUACGGAACAUGGGGGCGUUCCCGUCAGAAGUCAAAAACUCUUUCUAACAUCAAUUCCUGCAGCUUUCAUGGGGUAUGACUUAAUUGAAUGGCUAAUGGAGCGCCUAGGAAUCGAAGAAUCUGAGGCACUCAAUAUUGCCAAUCAGUUAUGUCAAUACGGAUACUUCUUUCCCAUAAGCGAUUCCAAGAACCUUGUUGUUAAAGAUGAUAGCUCCCUGUAUAGAUUUCAGAAUCCCUACUAUUGGCCUUGGCAAAAUCGACCUCCUGACAACGUUGAGUACGCCAUCUAUCUAUCAAAAAGAACACUUAGAAACAAACAGAGGCAUGGCCUGGAGGAUUAUGAGAUCGAGGCUAUGAGCAAUCUGAAGAAAAAUUUAGCGAACAAAUGGGAUUUUAUUACGGGACAAGCUGAGGAACAGGUAAAGUUAUCUAAGGGUUUGAAGAAAGCAGACAAACUAGUAAGCGAUUCUCAAGAACGUGCGUAUUGGAGAGUACAUCGACCACCACCAGGAAUGGUUAGUUCUUUGGAGCCAUGUCCAGUUCCUACAAGAAGUUGGAAUGGGAGUACUAGAACUAGAAAAAAGACUAUUGAAGAUUGUAGGCGAGAGGUGGAACUGUUAAAAAAGAGCUUAUCAAAAACAAGAGUCAAAGUUUCCCAAGCCUUAGAAAGCAUGGUCCAACACGUGGAAAUAUAUAUGGAAUAUGACCCACUAAUCACUCCAACUCAACCAUCUAAUCCAUGGGUUAGCGAAGAUUUGACCUAUUGGCAGCUCAACAGUCCUCUGGUGGACGUCCCAACGGAGAAAAGAGUACGACGAUGGGCGUUGUCCAUGGAAGAGUUGGUAUCGGAUCCAACAGGAUUGCAAGAGUUCACGAACUAUCUAAGGAAAGAAUACAGCCACGAAAAUAUUAGGUUCUGGAUGGCCGUUCAAGAUUUGCGAAGGUCGGCACAGUCGCAGAUUUCUUGGAAAGUUCAGGAAAUUUUUGAGGAAUUUCUGGCUCCUGGUGCUCCUUGCGAAAUUAACAUAGACGGCAAGACGAUGGAAAGAGUACAUCAAGAAAUGAAAUCACCGAGCAGAUUUACUUUCGAUGCCGCACAAGAACAUGUAUAUACUUUGUUGCUAAAGAAAGACUGUUAUCCCAGGUUUAUUCGGUCUGAAUACUACAAAAAUUUGUUAGCAACGGGAAUACAACCUUCGCAAAAGAAACGUUUUUUUGGGUUCGGCCAAACAAAGAAAAAAGCUUCGACCAGUACGGCGCCCAAUCAGCAGCUCAUUCAACAACAACCGUCGCAAGGAACAGUAGUGAUGUGCGGUGCGCUUUCAAAACGUCGAGGUAGCGACAGAAGUCUCUCCGGUUCCGCUCACGAACUUGCCAUCUCAGGGGUUAAAGACACCAAAGUACCACAUUCCCAUUCGCAGAGUAAUCUCAGUGAUAUUCCAUACAGGGGUGAUCUGGCCUGCAUUACGAAGCUACCCGUUGUGGCGGCUGCCACUUCGGCCAAUCAGGCCCAAUCUAACGUCAGUCCGGUAAAGAAACCCAGCAUAGCAAUAGUGGCAGGAGCGUCUACUUCGGAGGACGUUUGCCCUUGGGAAAGCGGUGUCAACGAGCCUAGGAGUCGAAAAAACUCAACGCAAUUGGACUCUGGCAGUUCCUCUUCGGAUAUUAGCGUUGCUGUUGCUGAAGUUGCUGAGAAAGUACAGCGGUCGUGUAUUCUAACCCAACAGCAUACACUCGACAGUUGCCGCAACUUGAUGGCCCAUCCGAUAGAACCCCAAAGAAGAGCCUCCGUUUCCGUACCUAUCCAACAUUCCACGGCUUCGGCUGCAACAGAAACUUUCACCGGUGUCGCGAGGCGGAAAGUGUCCUCUUUUGAAGACAGCUCCGCCAUAGCCGGUUCCCCUUCGGCGUACAUCUCCGUUGGAGUGGUGGCGAUUAGUAGAACUGAUGCUCCUUCUGUUGCGACCGCGCCAGCGACGACGUCUUGUGCGUUCAUAAAUAUUAGUGACAUAGACAAUAACUCCUCUAGUAAUGAGGAUAAGGUUACGAAAACUUUAAAAAAGAGUCAUAGUCUUGUGAAAACUUUUACGUCUAGCGGCGUUGGGUCUAUAGCGCCCAUUAUCAGUGUUAGUUCGGCUGUGGAUGAAAUUCCUAAUGAAGAAGUUAGCGAUUUCGAGAAUAAAGAAGAAAAAGAAAACGAAUUGUCGAUAUGUACGAUUCAGGAACCGUUGGCACCCCUAGCAGAACCAGAUAGCGAAUCACCUGGUAGCGAGAUACCUCCAUCAGAAUUUGGAGAAGCCUUAGAAGCUGAAGCAGGGGAAGCUGAGAACGACCAGAAUCAGGAUCAAGAACAAGACCAAGCUGAGGCAAAGUCAAACGAUGUUUGCCCUUGGGAAGAUGAGGAAACCUGUAAAGUUGACACUCCGUUCGUUAAGACAUACGCAACUCUAGGAUAUCUUUAACACCAUGUAUCUAUUGAUACUGUCGCCAAAUCAAAAACAAUACGCUAUUUAAUUAGGAGGAGUGUUCAAACUAAAGGGUAAGACACAAUAGGGUAAUAGAGAAAAUGGUGAUACUUAGUAUCAUUUUUACUUCGGUCUUUAGGUAUUUGAAUAUAUUUAGUUGAUCUCGUCUUUUGUCUCUUUAGUCAAACAAUCAAAGUCAUAUGUCUCAACAUCGUCACUAUUUUUGAAGUAAAUAAACUGCUCGUCAAAAGUUAGGGAUAUAGAAAAUUAUGCUGAUUUUUAUAGUUGAUUUUUUCGCGAAUUGAUGGAUUCCGCUAUUUUUUUCUAUUUUAGAUUUUUCUUUAGUAUUUACACAGUUGUGCAAAGGUUUACUCAAACUUUGUUUUUGUACUUAUAUCGGGUGGAAGAAAAGAAAUGUUUUUCUUAUGUUAAGUUUGAGAUGCAAUGUAGGGAGGACAAGGUACAAAUGUACAAGGUACAAAUGUGAGUAUACAUCGAAAUCGUAUUAUAGUCUUGUUUUGUGAACAUGUUGUUGUUUGAAUGUCCCUGAUAUCUUUAGAAACAAAAAAAAAUGACGGUUUUGUAAUUUAGCAUGUGUUUUAACCAAAACAAAAGUUUGAGACACCUUGUAGGGAGAAAAAGGCACAACGGUGAGUACACCUCGAUAUUAUGUUGUAGUCUCAUAUUUUGUGAAUAUUUUAUUUUUUCAAUUUCUUUGAUAUCUUUAAUAACAAAGAAACUAGACGGUAUUACUCUUUAAUAUUUGUUUCUAUGUUUCACAUGUGUGAUGUGGCGCAAGUCGUCAGUUAAAACACAUAUUAAAGAGUAAUACCGUCUAGUUUCUUUGUUAUUAAAGAUAUCAGAGAAAUUAAAAAAAUAAAAUAUUCACAAAAUAUGAGACUACAACACAAUAUCGAGGUAUACUCACCUUUAUGCCAUUUUCUCAAUACAAGGUGUCUCAAACUUUUGUUUCGGUUAAAACACAUGUUAAGUUACAAAACCGUCUAUUUUUUUUUGUUUCUAAAGAUAUCAGGGACAUUCGAAAAACAAAAUGUUCACAAAACAAGACUAUAAUACGAUUUCGAUGUAUACUCACAUUUGUACCUUGUCCUCCCUACAUUGCAUCUCAAACUUAACAUAAGAAAAACAUUUCUUUUCUUCCACCCGAUAUAAGUACAAAAACAAAGUUUGAGUAAACCUUUACAUACCUGUGUAAAUACUAAAGAAAAAUCUAAAAUAAAAAAAAAUAGCGGAAUCCGUUAAUCUGUUUACGAAAAAAUCUACUAUGAAAAUUCGGUAGAAUUUUCUUUAUCCCUAACUUUUGACGAGCAGUUUAUAUGGCUGCCGGUUUUGGCUUUAUACCUGUCACUGUUUUCUCAAACUUUACUCUCUCAUACUAACUUGAACAAAGAAUGAAUCAUUGGCGUACCUAGUCAUAGUAUAGUUUUACAAAUUCACAUUGACUAUAGUAUCUCUGUCGUUUUGUUCAGCUCAAAGUAUUUGCUCACAAAUAAUUGAUUAAAUUAGGCACAAAAUGUUUGUUUCUUAGUAACUGGUUAGAAAAAACUAAAAAAUUUCUGACAUACUCAAUUUCAACAUAUUCUUAAAUGAGGACGUAUACUAAAAGACAACCAUAAUAUAAUUGACAAUUCGUAUUUUUGAUCUGGUAAGGUGUUGUGCUGCCUAUUAUUUAUUUACUAAAUAUUUCAUUAUAUUUACUUAUUGGUAUAUUUUCCUAAAUAUAUCGGAAUAGUUCUGAUACUUCAGCUACUGAACCUACCGAAAUCUAGAUGAAACAUGGUACCAAAAUAGUUUAUAUGACUGUAGUUAAUUAUUAACUUAAUGACAUAAAUAGGCCAUUUAGCCCAAAGGUUAUAUGAGUAAAGUGGGUCAAUAUUUUAAAGAAAAUCUAAAAACUAUACAGUUCUUACCAAAGUAUGACCAAAAUUACACUUUUAUUAUGUAAGGUGGAGUUACUUUAGGGAUAAAAUUAUUAAAACAAUCAUCAGAAUAUGUAGGUUCUCUUCAAAAUAUGUGAGAUUGUUUUGUAAGUAUAUCUUGGAAGUACUUUGAGAAUUGCUACAUUAAGCUGAAGAAAGAACACAUAUUCUUUAAUAAAUUUACCGAUUUUAUAUUUUUUUUACUAACCUGUGAAAGUUCUUUUCUAGAUUAAAAAUAUGUAACUCAUGAUGUGUCAGAAAUUUGUCCUUCUCUUGUUACAAUUAUAUUCAGGAAAAGAUGUGUGAUGUUUUUUGUUGCAGUUGUGAAUUCAAUAUAAAAUAAAAACAAUAAUUUAAGUUAUCUUAGGAAAGAUUUUACAUAACGAACAAUGCUGUUUAGUAAAAUACUAUUCAAUCAUUAUCACUGAAAUCUGUCUGCAUCCCUAAAUAUCAUUAUCUCCCUUGAAGUAGACUUUACUGAGCCCUUAAGUCACUCCUGCGGACAUUUUGGUAUUUUGGGAUGUUCCAUCAACUAUCAUUGAUUCAAAAGUGGACCAGGGACCUUAAAUGCUUUCGUAGAGGUGUAUAUAAUCAUUGGUGUCUAAAUUUUCACUGUAUUCUUUACAGUAGAACUUACUCUUAUGCUAUAUAUUAAAAGUUUGUGGAUAUCACAUCUUUAAGUACUAGAUGGUAUCACUGUUAAUGAUUUUGAUCAUUAACUGAAGAUAAAUAGUUUAAAAUAAAGAAUUUAUUUAAGUAGAUAUGUGUCUUGCUGUUUGAUAGCAAGUCAAAAAUUCAUAUUUUUAAGUGCUACACAACUGUUGACGUAUACCUAGGUAUCAUUAUUUCUUCUCAUAUGAUAUAAUAUCUCUUCUUUGAUUGGAUUUGAUUUGAAAUCUAUUUAUAGUUAAAGUGUGGUAUUAUCCCAUUGAUUGAUUUACACUAUUGAGUUACAUUGGUAUUAAAUGAGAAAAAAAUUGAAUAAGAAAUAGUUUUAAUCAACAAAUUUUUUUAGAUAUACAAUAACAUUGGAGUAUAGAUUAGGAUCAUUAUUUCAUACACUAGAAUCGAAAUACGCACUACCCUCUGCUAUUUAAUCUGGGAGGAAGACCCAAUAGGAAGAAGGACCUAAGGGCGUCCACAAAUGCGAUGGAGAGAUAACAUAUGGUCAUUAAUAACAAUGGUCCUACCCACUGACCCAACUAUCAUGGACGACUGUUCGAAAUGUAAGCGAGUUCUGCAGUGAGCCAAGCCCACUCUGGGCUGUAGUGCUGCGAGAAGAAGAAGAAGUAUUAGUAGUUUUCUACUACCCAAUAAUCUUAAAUGCAGUGAGAGCAUUAAGAGCGGAAACGAUAAGAAGGCAUGUAACAAAGAAUGGGAAAAGAGAAGACAAACCCAGUACGAAAGAUACCGGGGUGGAAAUCACCAGAAUGAAGAGAAAGCAUAUAACGGAGAAUUAGAAAAAAAUUUAAGAAACUAAACUGAGAAAAAAAAAGAAAAAGGAAAACAUUGAUGAAACAAAAGAGAGAACAAAAAUCGUAACUUUUGUGAAAAACUGGACCCCAGUGUAAAUUUGGACCCCAGCGUAUGCUUUCCUUUAAUAAAUUCAAAGGUAUUUUCAAUUUUUAACUCAUUAUUUUUUUAUUUGACUUUAAUAUCAUUCUAGAUAUCCUCAUAUUUAGAAAUAAAAAAAAUUCCCUGUAUUUUACGAAUAAAAAAUAUAUAUUCUGAAGUUGAUGUUUAGUAAAAUACCGUCUAUUAUGUGGAAUUCCAAGUAGUUUUACACUGCGCGAUAUCAAAAUCUAUUUUUAGACUGUGGUGCCUGUUAUGUACGAAUCAUGACAUUCCUGUCUGCUACAGUUAGUCAUUAUUAUUAUUUCCUGGCGUAUGUUAUUAUAGUUUCUUAGUAUUUUGUGUACAUAUGAGAUAUGGCCCGCAAAUAUCUUACUGAGGCUGAGCUACAGGAAAUUGUUACUGCUAGCGAUUUUUAUGAUGAUAUAGAAGAUGAAAUAGUAUCAGAAAACGAGGAUGUAUUGUUAGAUGAAGAUUUAAAUGCUGAAAACAUUCAUUCCAGGUCAUUUUUGGCUUGGGGUCAUUUUUACCAACGUUGGUCAUCCGUGUAUCAAAAAAAGGUUGGUCAUCGGAAGGUUUUAAAAGAAAAAAAAAAUAAAAUUUUUCUUUACCUAAAAUCGAUUUUUAGAACAAAACAACCACAACUUUAUUGGAAGAGUAUCUGAAGUUUAUGUACGGUACCUGUAUGUAUAAUGUUACAAAAGUAUUUGAUCAUAUGUACUGGUAGAAAAAUACGAUGACUACUGUACGUAGACUCUUAACUACCAACUAAUACUACUCACAUUUUAGUAGGUACUACGUUUACUUAUAUUUAAAAAAUCCCCAAAAAUUAACAUUUCUCUUGGGACCGGAUUCUCGUUACGCUUGUAUUCGUGGUUUCUAUUAGUUACUUGCAAACCAAACAAACGAUGAAUGAAAGAAGACCCGGUGAAAGUCUGGAAAUUGCACUUUAAUACCUGUCUAUUUACCAAGGCAAAAUUCCAACGAAUUCUAGGUCCAUAUACUCAGAUGAGAAGACUGGCACUUGACUGGUGCCCAAGAGAAGACUAACGCAGCAGAGGACCAAGGUUAAUAGAUUGGGCGUAGGUUGUCUCGUAACUAUAGAUCAAAUGCUCGCUUUUUAAAGGCGGUAAUACGUCACCCGUACGACACUUUUGAAAUUGUCAUAAGUUUCAAUGCUAAUAAAAGGUUCAAAAACUUAGGUUUUGCAAUAUAUUUUGGGAUUUUUUUGGGUAUAGAUAUAUUAAGUGGUUCUUAUAUUGCUAACUAUAUUAAUUUUUCCCUUAAAAAUCAAUAGUCUGCUGACAAAAAAAUAGAAUUGAUUUGAAGAAGAUUUAACAUUUAUUGUGUGUUUUAAAUGGAGAUAACAGUUCAAUUCGCACAAAAACCCAAAACAAAAAGUAAAAAAAGUUUAGCAAAAUUACAUACCUACUUACUUAUUACGGUUUUUCUGGAAUGUGCAGCACUUUUAUCAUGUAGUCAUAGGAAAAAAACUAAUAAUAUCAAUAAUUUAUUUUUAGAUUAAAAUACAAAAAAAUAUUUGUCCUUCAAGCACUAAUCCAUUAAAAAUGCACCAUGUAGGUAUACGUAUUAAUUAAAAAUUAAACAAAUAAACAAUAUUAAAGAAAAUUAUAUAGAAAUAUUCGGAAACGCAACCACAACAUAAGAAAGAGGGUUAGGUUUGAACCACAAACAAAAACUGUCAAGUGUCAACCUUGACUUUGUCGUACGAGUGACAUAGUCCUUCCCCUCUCCCUCGCUUCCGCCCACAUAGUUACGAGACAACCUACCUCCUAUCUAUGAACCUUGCAGAGGACGACCACCAACACGCUGGAUGGACGACAUUAAAAGAAUGUCCAAGAAAUGGCAACAAGACGCACAGAACCGUGGAGAGUGGCAAAAAAUGGGAGAGACCUAUGUUCGGCAGUGGAAAGAAGAGAUUGCAUGAUAAUGAUGAUGAUACUCAGAUAGGAGUAAACUAAUAUAAAAUGAAAAUGAGAGACAUCUUACAUUUCAAUUCGAUGAGAAGAAAUCAUAAACGCCCUUACGUACGUCUCGCCAUCAUUAGGGAUCAUCGGAUGAUGAUAAUGUCUUUCGUUUUCAUUUCACAAUAUCUUAGUCCUUUAUAAACCAAGAUAAUAAUCAUUACCAGAUUUGGGUUAUGCCUGUAGUAAUGAUUUCUAUUAGGUACUUGCAAACCAAGCUAACGAUGAAUAAAAGAAGACCCGGGGAAGUCUAAUUGCACUUUACUCCCUGUCUUUUUACCAAGGCAAAAUUCCAACGAAUUUUAGGUCCAUAUACUCAGAUAUGAGUACACUAUUUUAAGAUGAAAAUGAGAGAUAUCUUAUAUUUCAAUUCGGUGAGAAGGAACCAUAAACGCCCUUACAUACGUUUCACCGUCGUUAGGGACCAUCAGAUGAUGAUGAUGUCUCUCGUUUUUAUUUCACGAUAUCUUAAUCCUUUAGAUAAUAAUCAUUACUAGAUUCUGGUUACGCAUGUAGGGGGUCCGGACAACUAAUCCCCGGACAAAUAAUCCCGGACAAAAAAUCAGCACAAAUUAUCCCUGGACAGCAAAUUCUCAGACAAAAAAUCCCCACAAAAAAUUCCCACAAAUAAUCCCCACAAAUAAUCCCCGGACAAAUAGUCCCCGGACAAAAAAUCCCCACAAAAAAUCCCGGAUAAAUAAUCCCCACAAAUUUUUUUGGACAAAAUAUCCCCACAAAAUAUCCCGGACAAAAAAUCUCCAAGAAGUAUUUUCUGCCCAAUAGUUCUUCCGUGAAUGCAAUCGACGCAAAUGUUUUUCAGCCUCAGUGCAUGAGAGCAGAUAUAUGUAUUAGUAUGUAUGAAAACAAUUGAAGUUUCCACUAAUUUCAAAUCCAAUGCCAGAACCAUGCAUGGCUAGGAAAGAUAUACAGAUUUUCGAUUCUUUUGACUUUUUUGAUGCUUGUGAGAACAAAUUUAUGGGUAUUACUAUCCGAUAUCCGGUUUUAAAAAAACGCAAUUAAGGAUCUGUGUGCAAUGAUCCAUAAAAAAACUUUAAAAAUAUAUCCAAAAAUCAAACCAGACAUAUCUGUUCGGGAAGAGGCCAGAUAGGAAAAGGUUUGUAGGACGGCCUAGAAAAGGGUCGAAAAAUGGUGUCAGAGCAGUUCUGGAGAAAAUGGGAGUUAGGCAAUGGGAAAUAGUGGCACACGACCGACAAACAUGGAAGGCAAUAGUAAACGUGGCAAAGACUCUCGAAGAGUUAUAACGCCAAUGAUGAUGAUGAUGACUAAAUAUUUUUGGCGUUAAAUUUACAAAAAGAAACAGGUUUUUUUGCAUUACAACCAAGAUUAUCGUUUUCAGGACAAGCAGUUAUCAUCACGAAUAGGCAAUCUUUUGAACAGAGUUAUUCAAAGCAGAGUGAGCAAUAGAUUUAAGCGAAUAAAUAUUACAAUAUAAUUCCCACAGCAAAAAAACUCACAAUUUUGGAAUUCGAAAUUUUGUAAUAGAAAUUAAAAUUCAUGUUUAAUUUUAAUUGCUAUCACUAUUUUCGUGCCGAAAAGAGGUUUCAUGGCGAUUGCCAUACCUCUUAUACACUGAGGCUGAAAAACAUUUGCUCGAUUGCAUUCACGGGAAAAUUUUUUAGAGAACUAUUUGGCAGCAAAUAUUGCAAAUAUUUUUUGGGGAUUUUUUGUGGGGAUAUUUUGUCCAAAAAAAAUUGGGGAUUAUUUGUCCGGGAUUUUUUGUGGGGAUUUUUUGUCCGGGUACUAUUUGUCCGGGGAUAAUUUGUGGGGAUUUUUUGUCCGGGAUUAUUUGUCCUAGCUUCGCCUGUAGUCCUGAUUUCGGUUAGCUACUUGCAAACCAAACUAACGAUAAAUGAAAAAAGACUCGGAGGAAGACUGAAAAUUGCACUUCACUACCUGUUUAUUUACCAAGGCAAAAUUCCAACGAAUUCUAGGUCCAUAUACUCAGAUAGGAAUAAACUAAUUUAAAAUGAAAAUGAGAGACAUCUUAUAUUUCAAUUCGGUGAAUAAGAACCAUAAACGUCCUAACGCACGUUUCGCCGUCAUUGGAGAUCAUCGGAUGAUGAUGAUGAUGUCUCUCAUUUUCAUUUCACAAUAUCUUAAUCCUUUAUAAACCAAGGUAAUAAUCAUUACCAGAUUCUCGUUAGGCCUGAAGUCCUGAUUUCUAUUAGGUACCUACUUGCAAGCCAAGCUAACGAUGAAUGAAAGAAGACCCGGGGAAGUCUGAAAAUUGCACUUCACUACCUACGUAUUUAUCAAGGCAAAAUUGCAACGAAUUAUUGGUCACUAAACUCAGGCAGGAGUAAAUUAUUAUAAGAGACAUCUUAUAUAUCGAUCCGGUGAGAAAGAACCAUAAACGCCCUUGAGUACGUUUCACCGUCGCGUCGUUAGGGAUCAUCAGAUGAUGACGAUGUCUCUCAUUUUCCUUUGACGAUAUCUUAAUCAUUAAAACGGAAAAUCAAGAAAGAUCAUUUAAUUUUUAUUGUAAGAGAAUAAAUGUCUAGAAAAUACCACUACCAAAUACCAGAUAUGGAUAAUGUCUGGUGUGAUCUAAGAAUAAAAAGAAAUAAAAAAUUGAAGCCAUCCAUGAAGUUAAAACUUUCGUAAACAAAUGAAAUUGUAAAACAUCAAUAAAAGAGGAAAUAAAUAUGCCAUGAUAAAGAAAUAAUUACCAAAUUUGACAUGAUAAUAGCGAAUACGAAUGUCAUUUUUGAGCGUACAGAAAGUUUGAAGUGAAACCUCAAGCAAGAGAAAUGCCAACAAGUAUGUAAGUACUAAUGUAAUGUGCUACAUGAAGAUAAUACUAUAUAUCGACAAAAAUAUUGUAUUAAGAAUAAUUGUAGGCUAUAACAAAAAUAAAGAAACAGUAUAGGCACUAAUCAUCAAUAGAGGCUUGCACUUAUUUCAUAGAACAUCACUUAAAACAAGUCUGCGAGGUAACAAAAGAAAACUAAUAAUUGGUAACUAAUAAAAACUAAUAAACAAAGUAAUUCGAACUGGUGGUAUACGAAUAUAAUAAAUAAUAAUAACUAUAAUAAGUAAAAGAACGAAUAGGCAAAUAUUAAAUAGUUAUAUUUCUUAGGAAAGAAAAAAUAAUGUCUGAAAAAAAAUUGGCUACUAUAGCGAGUUUGAUAGCCAACGCUCGAUAAUCGAGCAUGGCACAUGAAGAAGAAGAAAAACAAAUAACUCUGAAAAGAAAUUAAUUCAAAGUAACGUUAUUAAUCACAAAAAGAUUCAAACAAAAGGAAUCAACAUUAGGCUGAAAGUACAAAUCAGUUAGACCUGACUAGAGACAAAUUAUCUUUUUGUUUUGUGACUACAUACGAUGAUUUAAAUCAACAUUAUUUUAAGAAGUAAUGAUAAAGCAAAAGUUUAUCAUAGUGAAGUAGAGAAGGAAUGCUUUCAUGAUACCAAAAAUACAGAAGAAGGCCCAAUAAAUUUAUUUUUUUUUCAAGAUAUCUAUGGGAGAAGCAUUUAACUAUUAUUAGCGAAAAAAAACUUAAACUGUCCGAGACAUGGAGAUGAUAUCUUUCAUUUACUUUUAACGGUGGACAAAGAACAACUAACCAUAUUGGGUAAACAACUUGACUAAAAAAAAUGAAGUAAACUUAAAUGUGAGUAGAGAUAUCCAGUUAGUAGGAAAAGCCAAAGGAACUGGCAUGAACUGCAUUUGGUUACAACAGUUACAAAUUGGAAAAUAAACACAUAAUAUAUAAUGUCUAAAUGCCAAAUGUUCACAUCUUUAAACGCAGCCAUUCAUAAGAGCUCAUAUGAACAUAGUAAACAAAGACACAAUUCAUAAUUCGUCACAGCAUUAAAUGAAAAGACGAAGGAGUAAGAAAAAUUCAAAAUGAUUAUUACAAAUUGGAGAUGAUGUAUAAAAAGAGGAAAAUCGCAGAUGAGAUCGAUGGAUGACCUCAAAACCAUGCCGGUUUGAGAUGAAUUCACAUUACUCGUGAAAGAGAAAAAUGAAGGAUGAAGGGAAGGCUUAUAUACAACAGAGGAUGCCUCAGGGGUGUUACACAGAAUAUAGAUAAAGACAUUGAUUACAGACAGUUGAUUCUAGAUCUCAAAAAACAUAAUGUUUUCAUAUUUGACACAUACCAACAAUAAACACCUUAUGACAAUUUAAUAACAUUGUUUGGUGUUUCUCAAUAAUAUUUUUGAAAGAAAUAUAUUAAGGACGAUAUUGUGUCCUAUUUGCGACAAUGGAAUAUGAAGAAUAAGAUUCAAUCACGAGUUACACCAACAUUGCAAAGAACCUUCUAUAGCAAAUUAUGCAAAAAUACAAAGAUUGCGCUGGGCAGGUCAUCUCAUAAGAAUGGACAAUGACAGAACACCUAGUAGGACUAUGGUGGCAAGUCAGCCAGUAGGAAGACCAAGGAAGAGGAGGAUGGACGAAGUGAGAACCGAUGCUAAAGAGAUAUUGAGGGUGGGCAACUGGAGGAGAGUAGCCAGGGACAGAGAUACUUGGAGGCAGAUGCUGGUGAAGGACACGGAGCGACUUGAGUUGUUAGGAGAGAGAGUUUGGGGUUUCUUGUUUUUUUAGUUUUAUCUGUACACGCAUAUCUACUUAAACAAAUAUUUACGACAUAUUGAAUGAAUUAUAAAGCUGAAGUAGAGUAGCAUUAAAUUAGACUUAGAUAUGUUUAAUCAAACUUGAGAUAGAAUUUGUCAGAUACAGUGAAAACAUAACACCGCAGUAGAAACUUCUCUGCCUUCGUCUAAAUAUACUAAUACUUAAAUAUAAGAGUUCUAUUGAAAUAUUUGUCGUUGUCAUAUUAUUAUAAUACACCAGUAAGAGCAUAUACCUAGAUGUUGUAUGAAUAAAAUAAAAAAAAUCGAGCUAUUGAUAAACGGUGCAGUUUUCAAUGGGUUCACAUAAAAAUUAAAUGUCUACACUAAUAAUUUUAAGCACAGUUUGUGGUAAAAAUAUUACAUUAUUGUAUGUCUAUUAUGUUAUAGAUGUAGAUGAUUUAGUGUUCGAAAUAAGAUAUCUGGUUCCUGGAACACUUUCGAAUUGCUGAGUUGGUUUUCGAACAAGACAGAUUCUAGAUAAUUAACGGGACAAAGAGGCAUGGAGCUGCUCUGGUGAAACAACCAAUAAAAAUGUAGUGAACUAUAAACAGAAAUAUGUCAUAAAGCGAUUUGAGAUGACGUUAUUUUUUAUAUUAUUUUUAAAUUGAAUAAUGUUAGGUACAACUGUUAUUGGGCGUCUAGAUAAUCUGACCAACGUUAUAUUAUGAAAGGACGUUCACUAUUCUUAAAAGCAAACAACAUGCACAGUCUAGGAGGUAAUCUUCUUCCUCAAGUGCCAUCUCCGCAACGGAGGUCAGCAAUCAUCAUAGCUAUUCGGACUUUAGAAACGGCUGCUCUGAAAAUUUCAUCUGAUGUGCAUCCAUACCAUUCUCUAUGGUUGCGUAGCCACGAUAUUCUAAAUUUCCCUACGCUUCUUUUUCCUAGGAUCUUUCCCUGCAUAAUGAGUUGGAGCAAGUUGUAUUUCUCUCCAUGUGUAAUAUGUCCGAGAUAUUCCAAGUUUCUGGUUUUGAUUGUUCCAUUUCUUUAUUCAAGGGUCGAAUAGGCAGUUAUAAUCAACCAAAUGACUUCCUAUUGAUUAUCUAUUUUAUCUAUUUAUAUGAAGACCAUUGAGUUGGAAUGUUGUCAUUAUCGCUAUGCUGGUAUUCCAUGCAGUUCUCUAUAGACAUUACACAUAAUACACAUCAUGUUAUCUUACCAUCAGAUAUUUUACAGCAUACCUAUUUAUUACCAAAACUUUUUUUUAUAUAUUUUGGUGUAAAAGAAAUAAGUAAACCAUAAUAAUGAGAAGGAUGUACCCCAUAUUAUCGAACACUUUAGUCACAUUAUAAGACACCAUGAAAAAUAUGAACUUUUGCAUCUGAUCAUUCAGGGGGUAAAGCGUGGUCUUGUUAGAAGAAGAACAUCAUGGUUGAAAAAUCUAAGGCAAUUGUACGAAAAAUCGAUUACAUCAUUAUUCACAGCUGCUGUCAAUAAAGUCACGAUAGCGAAUAUGUUAGCUAACAUGAUAUUUCAAGAUCGAUAACGGUCAUGUAACUAGAGAUGCUUCCACAGAUGUCCAAAAAAAUUAACUGGGAAAAAUAAAGGAUAUUUUCAUAUAUUCCUAUCAAACAGGAAUUUUCAAAGUACUUAUCAUUGUGUUUAAUUCAUGCCAUUGGUUCUUUAGGUACCCUUAAGGAAUCAAUGGUACGAUUCUUCUAAUAUAUAGAUAUUUUUUCCAAUAAUGUAAGAAUAUAUUUGAUACAGUCAAGAUCGUAUCAUAUGAAAUGAAAACCAGAGCACAAAAAAUUUCCCAACAGCAAACCAAACAAAAGUUACUCAAGACAAAUUAAAUAUCUAGACAAUGGUGUGGAAAACAGGUUAAUAUAAUAUAAAAAUAGUUAAUCUUUUGUUUCUAAAAUGACUUACUUACAGUUUUUUAUGUAUCGAAACUUAUAUAUGCGUAUUACCAUGUUUACACAAAAGUUUAAAACAAAUACAACAUAUUUAAGCGUUGUAUUUGACAUAUCCAGAACAUUUUUUCCUGAAUAGAAUAUGUUUAUUAACCAAAUCGGUAGGUGCUAGAUUAUACAAAAGACAAUACUUUAUAACUUUCUACAAUUGUUAACAAUAUUUAUAGAUUACUCUUAGAAUCACUGUUACUCUAUAAUUUACACUAUAAUAUAUGUUAUAUUUUUAAUCUUUUAAAAACUGACCCAGUCAAAUUGGGAUAGAAUAUAAUACAGGAUGACACAGAAUACAAAAGAACUAAAUAUAAUGUCAAAACAACUAGAGAUAUAAGAACAAUCCGAACGAUUUUUGUCUAUUAUUGAUAAACCAAUGAGAAUAUAAAGUGAAAUUAUAAAUCUAACAAGAGAGUAAAAAACAUUUGAUGAUCUAUGAGAUGUUAGCCACCUUAUAAGUAAAAUCGCUAGGUUUACUGAAAUCGUCAAACUAAUCAGAAUGACAAUCAGACAAAUAAGAUACGUAAAUGCCUAACUAGCAAAUUAGUCACAUCAGAAGUCCAACAUAUCUCCAAAACGACCUUUUCAGCUUAUAUAAAAUAUCUCCAUAUUUUUUUAAUAUCCUCUCUGUCGAUUAAUUCCAUUCCAUAUCGAUUAAUUCCAUUCCUGUCUAUUAAUUCCCUUCUAAGGGGAUUCAGUGAAAUGGUACGAUUUGGCAACGCUGUUGACGAUAAAAUAGAGGAGCCGCGGGCUUGCGACUUAACCGUUUUGAAUCUAGAGAGCGGGAAGUUUAGUUAUCACAGAGACAUGGUCGGGUGAACAACGCGCAUUUGCUAUGAAAGUUUAUUACAAAAAUGGUGAGAGUUUACCAUUUGCCGACCGCGCUGCAUUUCCGUCUAACAUGGCUAUUAAGGCUUGGGUUAGGAACUUUGAAAGUAGUGGUUCAACAUCACAAAAAAGAGGUGGCAGUGUCAGAACUGCUCGCACACCAAAUAAUAUUGAAGCGGUCCGAAAUUCAUUACACGCGAGUUCUUGAAGAUCCCUGCGACGGCUCGCGUGUAAUGAAUGUCGCACUGCUUCAAUAUUCUGUGGUGUUCUGUAGUUCUGACACGACCAUCUCUUUUUUGUGAUGUUGAACCACUACUUUCAAAGUCCCUAACCCAAUUCUUAAUAGCCAUGUUAGACAGAACUGCAGCGCAGGGCGGCAAAUGGUAGUACUAACGAAACGCUCGUUGUGCACGCACAAAACUUUCACCAUUUUUGUAAAAGCUUUCACUGAAAAUGCGCGUUAUUCACCCGACUGCGUUUUCAUGAUAAUUAAACUUCCCACUCUCUAGAUUCACAACGUUUACGUCAUAAGCCCGCAGCUCAUCUAUUUUAUCGUCAACAGCGUUGCCAAAUCGUACCGUUUCACUGAAUCACCUUGUUUACGCAUAUGUGAUACACUAUAAUAGGUAAUUCCAAAAAGAAAUCAUGUGAAUAAAUGAUUAUCUAAUAAAUAUCAAUAUAAAUGUCAAAUGUUGAAUAUGUUGCCUAUGUGAGUCAGUUUCAAGUAUUAGAGAAGGAAAUAAAUGAAAAUACUUUAAUCACUUUAUUUUGCCACAGAUGACCGGUUUCGCUUUCUAUUUUACAAAGCAUCAUCAGGUCUCCAAUACAGCAAAAUUUAAUGCUAAAGGCUAAAAUUGUAAUAACCAGAAUUAUAAGGUUGUCUCGUACAAAUACAGUUGUACACGAUUAUAACUGUAGGUAGGUACACAUAUAUAUUUAUAAAUAUAAUAGUGGCCUGAUUAAUUUAUUGUUUUCUAUUUGUGCCAGACAGCAUCCUAAUACUAAUAGUUAUUAUAAUUUUAGCAUUUAAUUUUGCUGUACCGCAAACCUGAUGAUGAUUUGUAAAUUCGUCGUCUGUGGUAAAAUAAAAGUGACUGUAAGUACAAGAAUUCAUAAAAUUUGCAAAGAGGUAGACUAGAAACGAAAAACAUUUGAUCAUACAUUCAAAAGAUUUACGUUAUUACAUGCAAGAGCCAAUGAAUUCAGUGACUUGGGAUGACUGAUUGUCACCGGUUUACAAAAAUUUAUAGGAAUUCGUAUUACCAAAUAAAUAUGUUUCUUAGAGAGAAAAUGAUCGUCGAAAUUACAAUGCAAACAUUAUUUCUUGCAUAAGUAUAAAAAAAUUUAAUGUAUUCCAAUUUUGAGUUUAAAUAACUACAAUAAGUAAUAUCAAUAAAGGUGAAAAUCAAAAAAAAAAUGUUUACUUUGUGAUUUUGUGAAAUCCUGUAUUAUUAUUCGUUUACUGCCUAAAGGGAUCCAAUGCAAAUUUCUUAUAAACAGAUAAACAGGAACUGAACGAGAAUACCUAAGAUGUCAUAACUGUCAAAUACCAACGCACACUAACCAGAUCCCUCUACGCACAUUUUUUACUUUGAGCCCUUCUCGGCCAAAAGUAAAUCUCCAAUAUUUUGUGAGCAAAUUAUCAUUGUUAAAAAAAUUGAAUGUAAGAGGACUCUUUGAAUCAGGCUUAUAAAUCCGUUGAAUUUGUUACAUUGUAAAAUUGUAGAAUGAUUGUUGUUGCGCUUUUAAAAAAUAUUGUAAAAAAAGUUUAAAGAUGGCCUCACAAAUCCGACACGUAGACUGGGCGAGAGAUCCGAAAACCCCUUAAAGCGGACAUGUCGUAAAACUAGAUAAUUUUUUUGAUAAAUGCUCCUUCGAGUGCUGUAUCAAGCGGUUAAGUGCAUGCCAAAUUAAAAUUGUAAGUUAAAUAAUCAUAUUUGUAUCUAAAAAUAUUCGAUCAAUAACUAAUAUUUCAUAGCAGGUAAUCUAAGAAAUUACUUCUUUGCAUUUAUCAAACAUAAAAUCAUCUUCAAAAGGAAACCGCUCACAUACAGUCGGAAAAAUGAAAGAAUGUCCAUGAACGAUCACAUCAAUCACUUAUUUUGUAUUUGCUGUCUUUUUCUAUAAAUAACAAACGUUUGUUAUAGAAAACGACAGCAAAUUCAAAAUAAGUGAUUGAUGUGAUCGUUCAUGGGUAUUCUUUCAUUUUUCCGACUGUACCUACUAUAGAAAAUGUAAUGUCCCUCAAAUGCAAAAAACUUUACAUGGAUAGCUUCGUCCCGAAAUUACAAUCAUUUCAUAUUAUUGCGCCAACUCUGAAUUUUGAUUAUUAAUGGCAUAAAUUGAUAUAAAUAAAUCUAAAAUCAAAUGAUUAUGUACAUUAGUUAGAAGUGAGACAAGAGAUUUUUUCAAUCGACAGUUUAUAAAAUUCUACAGGUAUUAAGGUCUCUUAUCUUAUAGAUAACAAAUGACAAUGUUGCAAACUACAUAAUACAGAGUUACUCUAAUUGGCUUAGCUCAAGAUUUGUUAAUCUGUUUUCAAUAGCGAUUAUACCUAUAGUAUUUAUGAAUAUGAUAGUUUUAUGGAAUUCAAAAAUUUGAUUUCCAUAUUACAAUUUACGCUGUUAUGAAUUAAAACUCAGAGUUGGCGCAAAGUUAUGAAUCAAAUGAUAUGAAAUGAUUGUCAUUUCGAGACGAAUCUAUUCAUAUAAAAUUUAUUGUAUUUGAGUAUUAUUACAUUUUCCAUAAGAUGUAUGCAGUAUCUAUAUUUAGUACUCUUCUAUUAUUUUUGAAGUCAUGUUGAUGUUUAAGAGGUAUUGUAGACAUGAUGAAAAUACCUUGAUGAAAAGAAAACGUAAAGAAGGAUAUUAAUAACCUCGAUCAACAGUGUAAUUUCAGAUCAAUAGUUAUUAUCUGCUCUUUACGACUAUUCCGUGUAUUUAUUGAUUAAAAUUUUAACCUGUUAGUCCACAGGUUGUUUCAAAACUUUAUUUGAAAUUUUCCUUAAUUCAGACUGCUGAUGUAAUCGAUUUUAGAAUCUGAGUCAUAUAAUGCUAAUGCUUGGUGAAAUAUUACAACUAAAGCCUAAAACUGGAUCAAUUACUUCAAUUUUUAGUAACUAUAGAAACCAAUAAUGUGUUAAAGACAACACGUAACAAGAAUGACAGGAAAAAUAUAGAAUCCAUUGUAGGAAAAACAUAAGGACAAAAUUAGAAGUGGAUCAAUAUUAUGGUAAAAAAAAUAGGAAGAAUUAAAACAACAAACUUGAAAUUGUGUGGUGAAAUCAUUCAUAAAAUACUACACUAUAGACAUGAUUAUUGAAUACUUCUUAACAUUAUAUGGAGUUUUAACGGAGUAUAUAUUAAAUAAAGUUCUGCAAGCAAACUAAGAGAGUCUAUUCAGCUCGGCGGGGUGCUAUUUUUCAAAGUGUGAAAUUUUAUCAACAAGGGUUCUACCUGGUUUAGGGAAUGAUCCCUUGUUUAUUUAAGUACACAUUUGCAUCAGUAUUACCCCGCUGAGCUGAAUAUUAAUGACCUUCUUAGAUUUCUUGCAUAACUAUAACAAAAUAGAUUAACAGAUUUCUAAUAUAUUAUGAUGCUGUUCAACUUCCUUGAAAUGAGACAUCGUAACCAAAACCACACUCUUUUGGCAUAAAAGUUUUGGCAUUCUAAACAUUAUUUUUAUGAGUAAAAAAUGUAUUAAAAGUUACUAGAGUUCUAGAGUGUAGUGAAUUAGACAAAGGAAGUAAAACUAGAUUGGUUCCUAUUUAGAUACAAAAAUUUGUACACCAUUUUCUUUCGGCUAGCGGAGUGAAUAUAUUUUAUAGACUCAGAGUACAAAAAGUACGAGUAUAGUACUAGUGGACAUGUGACUAAGAAGUAUAAAUAAGUAUAAGUAGUAUCUGUAUUACAACCAUUUUUUUUAUUGAAAUCAUAAUUUUUCCAUGUCGAAAAUAUUGUGUUUCAUAUUUAUCGGUUCGAAAAUAAAAUUAAAUUGACACUAAGAUAAUAGUACCUAAUAGAAGACGACUGACUCUAUGCAUCUAAUAAAUAAUAACUAUGAAAAAUGUUUUUCGAUAUGUCCUUCUAUUUUAUUAUGCCAACAAUCUCGCCUGGACUAAGUAAGUAGUUUUCAAUAAAUGUCUAAAUGCGGCCCUAACAUUUUUUUAGGUGGGGCUCUGAUUGUCAAAUACUCUUAUUGGUCAGUGCAGAAUGUUUCAGGCUAAUUUUAUUAAGCCCUGUAUAAAAAAAUACUACACAUAUCGUAAAUUUAAAGGUUUAUAAGUAGAAAUAAAAUAAAAACGCACUUUUACUUAUUUUGUCAUUAGUCAUGAGAAGUAGAGGCGGAAAAUAUAAUAAUUUAUCCAAUCAUUCACUAUAUUAUGGGACCGUGACCCGUCAAAAUAGCCCGGUCAAAACAGCCCCGUCAAAAAAGCCCCGUCAAAAUAGCCCGAACACAAAAUAGCCUCGACAAAAUAGCCCGCAACCAAAAUAGCUCCGACAAAAUAGAUCGCACACAAAAUAGCCCCGGUCAAAACAGCCCCGGCUAAAAUAGCCCCGCCUAAAACAGCCUCUUACAAACAAUUACAUAAUUAUUUAUACAAGGUGUCCAAAAACUUUUUUUUAAUUUAAAUUAUUUGACAAAAAGGAAGAAUGUAUUUAAUUUAUUUAAUUUAAAAUGCAUUUUACUGUUGCCCGAAAACAGAAAAAAAUGUUUAUAUCAUAAAUUAACAUUGAUUUUCGCUUAACUUUAAUGUUCAAACUUCCAAGAGGCAGGAAAGACAGGACUUGAGUUCUCUGAAAAGACAAUUUUUAUUUAAUGUGGUUAAGAUAAACAACUGACUGAAUAGAGGGUAAUUACCAUUUCCGAAAAAAUGUAUUUUUAAGGAAUUAUUUCAUGAUGAAUUGUAAAGGGAGCUUUUUUUUCGGGGCUAUUUUGUCGGGGCUAUUUUGUCGGCGGGCUAUUAUUCCGCGGCUAUUUUGUCUGCAGGCUAUUUGGUCGGAGCUAUUUUGUGUGCGGGAUAUUAUGUCGGGGCUAUUUUGUCGAAGCUUUUUUGACGGGGCUAUUUUGACGGGGUACCUUAUGGGACAUAAUAAGGACAAGUCUACGAAAUCUAUUAAUAAUUUUGUAUUUGGCGCAGCCUUGAAGGAUGACGGAAGAAAAUUAUUAGACGCAAUAAAAACUAUAUUCGAAGGUCUCUUCCAAAUAUAUUCGACUUUCCUUCAUAACUUCGUAAUACUUUCUUCUUUGUCAUCCAGUUCAUGGCAUUUUGAUAAAGAUUUUGAAGUCCUAAGAUUAUUUUCUAGUUUGCACAUAGGCAAACGACGAUUUUCUAGUCCCGUACGUCUCAUAUUUUCCAGUGUUGUAUUGGAAGAUCGACCAUGUCGCUGUUAAACACUGGUCGACAGUUUUUAAACCAAUUGACGGACUAAAUAACUAAAUCUUUUUGUAUCUGGAUUUUGCUCAUAUUUAUUUAGAAAGAACUUAUGCGUCAUGUACGACUUGUCGUGUUGUCUGGAAUAGUUUCUGGCUAACUUUUCUAUGUUUAAAGCAAAACCUUAGGAACCACAAAGCAAAUUCGUUCCUCAAGGUUCUCAUUCUCCAAGAGACAAUGUUAACAAAAGGAGUCUAUUACGAACGAGCCACUGGUCGUUGCUGGAAAGCUCAUGGAGAGUUAGGUUGCUGUAACGUUCCAGUCCAAACUAAUGAAAUAAUUUCGGAUUUUUCUAUGCAAGAAUAUUAUAAAUUACAAUUGCAAAGACGAUUUUAGUCAUAAAGUUUUAUUGUAUAAAAAUGAAUCAGAUAUAAUUAAAAAACUGGGAAGUUUAAGCUAUCACUGCAAGUAAUCAGUGUAGGUUCCUAUUAAGUUCGUACUUCAAACGACUACUCAAAACAAUAUUCCCCUGAAGAAUAAACUUACAUAGCGUUUUUUAAAUUAUAUGGAAUACUAGCCAACUGCUAGCAUUUUGCGUUAUAUUGCUAAUUUAUAUUCUACAAUUAGUGAAUAUUAUUAGACCAACAAAAAUACAUAAUGGACGUGGAGGUAAAAGAAGGUAAGAUGAUUACCUCAAUUAGAUACAUAAAUGUGAUCUAGAACACAUAAUAGAAGCUUGUAAUACACUCUUCAAACUGAACAACAAAUAAUUUUAUUAAAAACCGUUACAAAUUUACAGUAUUUUGGACGUGUUUAGGCUCAACACGAGCCAUCAUUAACAACAACAGGUAACAACAAACCAAAGAGGAACGAGACAGAAUCAAUCGGCUCAGUCUAGUUAACAGAAACCACAAACACCGAUUUUUUUUUAUGUUACUUCACGUUGUGGUUUAAAAGAUAUUUUAUGAAAAAAUAAUUUAAUUAUUUUCAACAAGAGUACUACUUCCUUAAAUGAUUUUUCCAUUAAAUAUCUUUUAAACCAGAGCAGGUGAAGUACUAGAUAUAAUUUAAGAAAUUUUGAUGUUUGUGGUAUCUUUUGCCUAGACUGAGCCGACUGAUUUUUUCUUCUUGCUGUUUGGUUUGUUGUUUGUUACCUGUUGUUGCUGAUGAUGGCUCGUGUUAAGCCGAAACGCGUCCAAAAUGUUUUUAAUUCGUAAUAAUUUUUAAUAAAUUUAUUUGUGGGUCAUCUUGGAGAAAGGAUAUUAUAAUAUAUAUUUAUUGAUACUUGGAAAAAUACAAAAACCCAAAUACCGACCUGUCAGUGUUGCAUUAUUUAGUAUAACGUAACCAGAAAGAUCUAUGUUUUUAGUAAUAUAAUCUGAAUAUUUCAACCUUUUUUCCAGAAUUCAAAAUGCUUUUGGAAACUUCCUUGAUAUUAUUUUUAUACCUUAAGCAAAAGACGAUAUGUGUAGAUUUAUUUUUAUACAGGGUACUUUUAUUAUAAAUGUUUCUAAUAGCAUAAUGGUGAGCACGAAACUAUUAAAGCUGCUGCCAGAGUCAAAAAGUUAGUGAUGUAUAUAGUUUUAUAACAUUAGCCGAUGUAUUAUUAAUUGUACUGAUAUAUUAAUAACCUUAUUGUAAUUAAUAAAAUUUUAUUUCUUAGAAUUGUUGAUAGUCAAAAAUGUUAUUAUUAUUGUAGGGAAAUACAUUGAUUAUGUGAUAA